AUGACUUCAAAAACUUCCCAGCUAUGCAAAAAGCGAAAUGCCACAAUCAUACCCAGUCUCUUGGGACAGCACGAUGCCGUUCUCACUGGAGAUACGAAAACCAUCGACCUUAGUACGGCUGAGAACUGGGCGACCAAGACGAUGAUGCUAGAAGGUUUGGGAGGGGCGUUUGACAACUUAUCCGAACAAUUCACUGACGGCUAUCACCAGGACUUGGCCUACUCAUCUGGCAUUGGCGGUUGUUCCAAGACCCGGAAGCUCAUGGCAGAUCUGCUCAAUCACAGCUUCAAGCCAUCAGCUCCCGUUGAAAGUUCCCACGUCGUCUUAGCAGCCGGAGGCAGCUUCGCCUUAACGGCACUAGUGGAGCAGAUCUGUGAUCCUGGCGAUGGGAUUCUGAUUGCCGCGCCAUACUGGGCCGGUCUUGACAUCUCAAUCAGUAUUCACGGCCAUGCCACCGUCGUGCCUGUCCAUGUACCACGGGAUAGUUUCUUCGACGCUAAGAGCAUAGGAAAUUAUGAAUCGGUUAUUGGGAGCUCUGCAAUUCCUAUCAAGGCGGUCCUGGUCUGUAAUCCACAAAAUCCGCUGGGUCAGUGCUACCCACGGGAGACUUUACAGGCUAUACUCGAAGUUUGCAAGCGUCAUGAGUUAUGUUAUAUCUCAGACGAAGUAUAUGCUCUUUCCGCACAUCAGCCCUUUCUAAGUGGCUUCCAGCCGUUCAUUUCAGCACUCCAACUCAGCGAUGAUGGUAUGAGGGAUCAGAUCCACGUUAUAUACAGUCUCAGCAAGGACUUCGGUUGCAACGGAAUCCGUGUGGGUGCGCUGGUCUCUCAAUUCAACGAUUCCGUGCGUCUUAGUAGUGCUCUGAGCGUCCAUAGUCAAGUCUCCUCAUUGUCGACCGUGUUGGCAUCGAACUUCAUAUUGAAACCUUCUACCAUCAAGAAAGCCAAGAUCCAUGGGGGCCAGAAAUUGAAAGAGGCUUAUGAGUCCAUUCGUUCUUUUCUAGAGAAGAGUGGGAUGGAGUACAUGCCUGUAGCCUUUGGUAUGUUUGUGUUCGCUAGACUAAGUAAAGUCAGUGAUUUCGAUGCAGAGAAAAGGCUAUUAGGAUGCUUAAAAUCGAGGGGUGUAUCUGUGUCUUCAGGCUCAAGCUAUCAUUUCCAAGAGCCGGGUUGGUUCCGCAUAUGCUAUGGUGUCCCGAGCGAUCAGUUGGCAGAGGGCCUCAAGAGAAUUGCUCUUGGUGUCCAGGACUUCCAAUUAAAAGAACGGCGAUUGGAGAUGACGGCCUAG